AAGUGAAACAACAAAUUGAUGUUUCUUUCUCUUCCUUCCUCUCUAAAAAUCAAUUAAAAAAAGAAAAAACACAGACCUCCGCAACUCCCUCCCGGCCCCAUCUCCGCCGCCAGCCACUUAUCUUUCUGGUUGCCUCACCGUCCCCUUCUCCUUCUGCCUCGGCCUCCAGAGCAGGGUUUGUGGUCACAGGUGCCAUCUUCAGUGAGGAAGUGCUGGGGUGGCAUGAGGCCAGCACAGUGCCCACGGGCACUCUGGGCCCGUGUUCCCACAGCGGCCCCGUGGCUGGAGACUGAGGUCUGUCUGGAAGUGGCUCCUGGCUUGGAGCCUGUGGCAUCUUUCCCCAGAGCAAUGGGGCUGCCGGCAGCUCUGUCCGAGGCUGCCCGCCACCCCCCCCCCCAGGAUGACACAGCGUAUCUUCCAGCCCAUGGGCCAGGCUGCCCUCGGGCAGCACUCAGCAAAGGGCCUGGGGGGCCUGGGGAUGAGCUGCCCUCAGUGAACAUCUAACAGGGAGUCGGGGUGGACGACCAAAGGCCAAAGACGCUUCCGGGCAGACAGCACAGGCUGGCCUCAGGAACCGGAGGCUUCCAGGAAGUGGUGUUUGCCUCUCUGGCAGGUCGAGAGGACACCCCGCACAGGCGCCUGGAGCUGAGGCCUGACUGGGCGCUGGCUGGCAGAACACUGGUGACGCUGCAGUGGCUGUGAGCAGGAAGGGGAAUGUCGGCUGUGCCUGGAGUUGGGGCCUGAGAAGCCGGACGGCCCUGGGUGCCAGGUACGCCGCCUAUUGGCAGCAGGGGCGCCCAGGGUGCUCUCUGAUGAAUCCCCGGGCACACGCCCAUCAUGUGGCACCCCUCAGGAGGAGGGGCUGAGCGGACGAUGUGAAGCAUGUAGAGAAAGGCUCCAUUCUUCCUGGACCGCAGUCCUGCCUGGCCUGGGAGGCAGGAGGCAUAGAAAUGUGGGCCUGAGCGACCACACCUCAGGGGAGAGGUGGGGAGUGGGCCGAGGGCCAGAGGGUUGGUGCUGCGGAGCUUGGGGUCCUGGCUGGGAAGUGACCAGAUUGGUCGAGAAGCGGGGGCACCUGGGCUAGCAUCUGUCCAGCCAGGGAGAGGGUGAGUGUGAGAGGGCCCCGGGGGUGCAUAGGGCCCCACUGGGGACACCAUGAGCUGAGCGGAUGCCCAUUGCGGGAGGCCCCUUCCUGCUUCCUGGGGGGACUAUGCUGGCACAGGGCCCCCAGAGGAGGCUGCUGGGCAUCCUCAACUCCACCUCCCCAGCCACCCCCCACCUCGGGCUGGCCCCCAACCAGACGGGCACCUGGUGCCUGGAGGUGUCCAUUCCCAACGGGCUCUUCCUCAGCCUGGGGCUGGUGAGCCUGGUGGAGAACGUGCUGGUGGUGGCCGCCAUCGCCAAGAACCGCAACCUGCACUCGCCCAUGUACUUCUUCAUCUGCGGCCUGGCCGUAUCAGACCUGCUGGUGAGCGUGAGCAGCGUGCUGGGCACCGCCGUGGUGCUGCUGCUGGAGGCGGGCGCGCUGGCAGCCCGGGCCCCCGCGGUGCAGCGGCUGGAUGACGUCCUGGACGUGCUCAUCUGUGGCUCCAUGGUGUCCAGCCUCUGCUUCCUGGCCGCCAUCGCCGUGGACCGGUACCUCUCCAUCUUCUAUGCGCUGCGCUACCACAGCCUCGUGACGCUGCCCCGGGUGUGGUGGGCCAUCGCGGGCAUCUGGGUGGCCAGCGUCGUCUCCAGCACCCUCUUCAUCGCCUACUACGACCACACGGCCGUCCUGCUCUGUCUGGUCAGCUUCUUUGUGGCCCUGCUGGCGCUCAUGGCAGUGCUGUACGUCCGCAUGCUGGUGCAGGCGUGCCAGCACACCCGCGGCAUCGCCCGGCUGCACAAGAGGCAGCGCCCUGUCCCCCAGGGCUUCGGCCUCAAAGGGGCUGCCACUCUCACCACCCUGCUGGGCAUCUUCUUCCUCUGCUGGGGCCCCUUCUUCCUGCACCUCUUGCUCAUCGUCCUCUGUCCUCAACACCCCACCUGCCACUGCAUCUUCAGGAACUUCAACCUCUUCCUGGCCCUCGUCAUCUGCAACACCAUCGUGGACCCGCUCAUCUAUGCCUUCCGCAGCCCGGAGCUCCGGAAGACACUCCGAGAGGUGCUCCAGUGCUCCUGGUGAGGGAGGUGCCCGAGGGCUCAGGCCAGGGGCUGGGCAGAGGGAGUGGCAGUCACUUGCCAGAAAGGACGGACUAGAUGAUCUCCGAAGGUGUGGGCGCACGGACCCUCUGGGCCAGAGAGGCAUCAGCAGAAAAUCUCCAGGAGUUGUGGGGGAUGCAGGAGGCUGGGGAGAUGGGGCCACAGGGCAGGCCUGGGCUCCUGGACAGACAUAGCCCACUUGGGGAGAAUCCACCCGCACCCAGAGAUAGGCGAGGACCCACUGUGCCCCCGCCCAUGGGGAGGCGAAGUCCGUGGGCUGGCAGAGCGCCGCUCUCUCGAUGAGGACCUCAGGAGAAGGGACUGUAAUGAGCAGGACCCGUCCUCACAGGGAAGGAGUGAGGUCCUGUCCCCGGCAGAGAGACGUGUCCGCAGGAGCCGUAGUGGGCAUGGGGCUGAUCUCUUCUCGGGCUCAUGGUGCUGGAGAGCUGGGGGCUCUGCCCAUUUAUUUGCACCACACAUGCCCCUCAGAUAGUGCAUGCCACUGCCUGCUCAGGCCGAGGCACAGCCAUUAGUUCGAAUCAAUGACCAGCACCCAGGGUAACAGGGCUGGGAAGCGUCUGGGAAUAAAUGGUGUGUUUGGAGCAGCUCCAUUGCCAUCUACACUGGCUCAUUCCAAAGGCGCUUGAAGCUUGAGGGUGGAGGAGCUGUGGAGGGGCCUGGUGGGAGUGAUGAAGGGGGAGGGGAAUAUUCCAGAACCCCCGGAGAACCCAGCAUGCCUGAAGCCCCAGCCCAGUUGCACCUGCUCUGAUGCUGUGUCUGCCUUCUCCGUGUAUGCGAACCCGGCCCCAGGCAGCUGGAGGGCAGAGUCCUGCCCCCGGGCACCUCCAUGGAGAGGAGGCUGAAUGGUCCAGGCUGCCCUCAGCUGCAGCAGAAGCAGGACCUCCGUGACCCACUGUGACCUUGUUCAGAGCAUAGCAGGCCUCACCUGCUCUGGGUCACCCCAGGGGGUCCAAGGUGCAGGGUGGGUCAGGACUGGGGUUCUCGUUCCUCCAGCACUUCCAGCCCUGGCAGGUAUUUGAGGCAAGGCCGCCCUGAAUGGGCGAGGCUGUCCAGUGGCUGCAGGCGGUGUCCCUGGGAUUGGUAUCUGGGGUGGCCCUUGCUGCACGGUGUUGAGGGCCCUUGGGUCCUCCCUGUGCUAAAACCCUGGGCCUCUUUCUGGGGAGCCACUGGUUCCUCCAGACGCCGACAUGCAGUCAGCCCUGUUCCUGGUACAGGCUCAGUGGAGGUGGAAGUGACGGCAUCAGCCAACUCCCAGGUAGUUCUAGAUGCGUCUGCAGCCGCCGGACCAGUCCCCACCUCACCCGUGCUGGCAGCCCCAGCCCUGACUGUUGGACUUGGUGCUGGGAACUGGUUCCCGGCAGGCCCAGCCUUUGCUGGAAGAUGGACAGGAUGGUGAGUCAGCCUGGAGCCCUCUGGGGAUGAAGGGGGAGCCAGCCUGGUCUGAUGCCAUUCCACAGGGAAGCCAGCCGGUGACGGGUCCUGGCUUAGGGGACGCUGCAAAGCUUCUGCUGCUCAGACAGGGAGGCACAGCUGGCUCCAAGGAAGAGCCAAAUGCUCACCAAGGACCCCCUGAAUGGGGACAGGGCGGAGCCCCAGUGGCCAGAAGCCAACCACAGGAAGCCACCUCAUGGACACUGUGGGGGAGGGGCUUCUCUUGAGAACAAAAGACCCACUUCUAGGCUUGCCAAACUGGGGAGCUUCGGGAGGGCGGAGAGAGGGGCCUGGACAUGGCCACACCCCGCCAGGGCCCCCUGGCACAUACUCGGGACACAGGUGUGCCCGCAAGCUCGCUCAGCCGACUGGGUGCCCUCCUGGAGGAUUUGUCCCUGAAACAUCAGAAGGACCUGUUCUAAGGUGUCUUCACGUGGUGUCUGAGCCCCGAACAGGAAGCCGUGGGUCUGUGUUGUGUGGUGGUGUCUGUGUUCACGGGAGGGGGCCCUUCCCCAGUUUUCCCCGCAGGAACCGGCACCUGGUGCACACACACAGCUCCUACACGCGCCCCUCCCCCCACUGCCUUGGCCCCACGUGGACUAAGGGUCCAGACCCACAGGUGACUUCAGGGAGUAAGAAAGGACUGCACACCCCCUCUCUGUCGGCCCCUCGCUUGGUGUGUCCUCAUGACAGUUCCUGGCACAAUAUUCCCCGAGCAGUGCUACCUGCGGGGGGUUAGGGGGGCGCACACAGCAAGGCCCGUGUGUAAUCUGCGGCAGCGGCGGGGGAGAAGAGGGGUGGCUCCCCCACUGCAGAGGGGGCCAGCGA